AAGAGCCAGCUAUAGCUGUAUAUUCUCCAUAGUCAAGGGGUAGGGUUUUUGAAUUCCUAAUUCUUGAAAAUAUUAUUGCUUAUGCUUAUCUGAUUUUAUUCCAAAAGAAUAUUAACCCCAUUUUCUCUAGUCUGAGGUGAGAAAUUAAGAUGAAACUGAAACAUCAAAAGUCAUUUUAUAAGACACCUAGACGACACUAAAAUUCCUAACUACUGUUUCUUGAUCAUUCACAUAGAAUUGAUAAGUGAAGACAGGUAAGCUAAGCUAAGCUAAGAAAGAUGGAGGGAAGUGAUAGUUUUGGAGGCUCCAAGUCAAGCUAUUCUAACAAGGAAGUCGAGCAAGACGAGGGUGAUGAGGAGGAGGUGGAUAAAAUUAGUUUCAAAUCCAGAAAUGAAGGGGUGAGCACAAGCAACAGCUCAGUUGAAGAAAAUGAAAAGGAGGCAGUCAGUACCGGAUCUGUACGGCAAUAUAUUCGUUCUAAGAUGCCAAGGCUCCGGUGGACGCCGGAUCUUCAUCUUUGCUUUGUUCAUGCAGUUGAAAGACUAGGAGGACAGGACAAUGGGAAUUCCAUGAGUAAUUUGCUUCUGAUAGUGGGAAUUGUAUUGAUCUGUGCAGGAGCAACCCCAAAGCUUGUUCUUCAGAUGAUGAACAUCAAAGGCCUUAGCAUUGCUCAUGUCAAAAGCCAUCUUCAAAUGUACAGAAGCAAGAGGAGUGAUGAACCCAAUCAAGGCGAAGGGCUUUUUUUUGAAGGCGGGGAUCACCAAAUCUACAACCUUAGCCAGCUUCCCGUGCUACAAAAUUUCAAUCAAAGAUCUUCUUGCAAUUUAAGAUAUGGAGAUGCUUCUUGGAGAGGUCACGACCACCAGAUGUACAGCCCUUAUAAGGGAGGAACUGCUCUCAACAGAUUCAAACAUGGACUUUAUGGCUCGGUAUCUGAAAGACUAGUAAUUGGACGCAACAAUCACAAUUCACUUAAUUAUGAUUCGAGUAUCAACAUUCCUUCUUUGAAUGUACAAGCUACAAGUAGAACUCAUCAAUUUCUUGAAGGGGUCAAGUUGUUUCAAGUAUCCCGACAGGAAGAAAGUAGACCUAGCUCAAUGGAAUCAAACUUCAUAGCCAAGUUGCAAGAGAGAUCAGGAAUAGAUCAAAAGGAAUGUUUGAACACCACUAGUUCCGCUGACAAAAAUUGGAGAACAAUUCAAGAAAUGCAAAAAGGUUCAAAGAGAAAGACUUUGGAUUCAGAUUGCAACUUGGAUUUGAAUUUGGCGCUGAAACUAUCAACUAAAGAUGACGAUGGACUUCAAAAAUGUGUAGCUGAUGGUAGUUUGUCUGUUUCGUUGUCUUCAUCUUCAUCCUCAAAGCUUGGCAGAUCGAUGGAAGGAGAUGGAAGGAGGAAGCAUGCAAGGAUGGCAAGUACUCUAGAUCUGACUUUAUGAAUGGGACAAUUUUGGGUGAGAUCUUGAAGUACUUACUUUUCCUGGACCAAUAUGCUUAAUGAUAAUAUCAUGUACCUGCAUACAAGGUAAUUUUAGUCAUUAUUUGAUCUUCUUCUGUUGGUUAUGUUGUUUUGUAUGCAAAAUCUCAAGUAGCUGUAGCCUGUAGGCUUCAGUUUGGUGUUCCCGAUGAAUAGAUGAAUAUUUUUAGCAUUACAAAAUAUGCAUUUUGGGUUCUGGGUA